AUGAGUGCUAUAUUGUUGGCUUUUAGUUUCAUUUAUUUAUCAAUCAAUUUUAUUCAAGCCGCACAAAUCCACUUGCGACGCGGUAUUGAUGAUAGCCCUGUAUGGCAAACUAUUUAUGACUGCCUGUCUAGGCACUUUGACGGUAAAGCAAUUGUGGACAGGAUUUUGAUCAAUCGUGACAAAGAGUACACCGUGUGGGCGGACGUUGGCAAUAAUGUUGAACAUACAUUUGACGAAAGUAUUGCAGAUGCAAUAACAAAGUGUGUCAGUCUACAACACCCAAACAUUACUGUCAACUUGAGGUCCCACAAUCAGUUUGCUGUGAGAGGUUCAAGGUAUACUGAACACGUCGUAGAUGAUUUCUAUGAUUUCUUCGGGCAUGGGUAUCCUGCGGACUACACUCCUGGUAAUUCCAGUGAUGAGGAUGAUGAUGAAGUACUUCAUGAUGACUAUGUCGGCUUGGAGAGAAGAGGGAUCUUCCUGAUUUAA